UUGAGUCAGGGAACACAUGCCUCAGCUGUGAGAGGCCCUUCUCCCCUUGGCUGGCUGGCAUCCCAGAGCAGAGGCACAGAGAGACAGAGAGGGUAGAGUGUGAGAGACGGCGGGUGAAGAGAAAGUUUCAAGUGGGAAUUAGACUAGGAAAAGGCAAACAAGUGGAUCUGAAAGUUGAAAAGGCCUCAGGGAUUGAGUUUCUGUGCAGAGUAGCUCCGGCAGGUUGUUUUUCAGUUUUGUAUUUUUAUCUGUAGUUGGCGAUAUGACAGCCAUGGCAGACACAAGUGUCCUGAAGGAGCACACAGCCCUGGCAGAGGUGGCUUACGACGAUGAGGAGGUAGCUCUGGUGAGUGCCGCCACGGAGCCGGCAGUAGAUGACGAUGAUGAUGAUGACGAGGACCCCUCAGAGGACGUGGACCUGGUGCUGACUCCCGGAGGCCCGAACGAAGCCCAGAUGAACGGGGUCAUGGUCCUGUCCCUGCUCGACAAGAUCAUCGGCGUGGUCGACCAGAUCCAGCAGACCCAGAAUGGCCUCGAGGCCCGGCAGGAGUCCAUGGAGAAGUCUGUGUCGACCAUCCAGGGGGAGCUGACCAAGUUGUCCAAGAACCACGUGGGGACCGCCACCGCGGUCAACAAAAUGCUGGACAAGGUACGCAAGGUCAGCGUCAACGUCAAGACGGUGCGCUCCAACCUGGAGAAGCAGGCGGGCCAGAUCAAGAAGCUGGAGAGCAACGAGAACGAGCUGCUGAAGAGACGCAACUUCAAAGUCCUCAUCUACCAGGACCAAGUGAAGGCACCAAAGGCAACCAAGAGCAAGACAGAAGAGACAGUGGAGGGCAUCGCAGUGGAGGGCCUCGAGCAGAUACCCGAGGAGGGACAGGAGGGAGUCAAGGCCAAUCUCAAUUCAGACGAGGAGGUGGAGAUUGAGGAGAUUAUUGAAGAGUCUCGUACCAAGCGCCUCCAACGCACCACCAAGCAGCAAGUGGACAACAUAAAGAAAGCCUUCUCCAAAGAGAAAAUGGAGAAGACCAAACUAAAGACCAAGGAGAACUAUGAGAAGACCCGGCAGAGAACCCGAGACAACCUGGAGAAGACAAGACAGAGAACCCGUGACAACCUGGAGAAAACUAAGCACAGCCUGGAGAAGAAGAUCGGCAAACUCGGGACCCGCAUGACGCCCAAUCUGGAGCGCCGGGCGAAGAUGAAGACCUCCAAAGAUAAGGUCAGCAAGUCCCUUACCCCUGACCACACGGUCUAUGCUCGCUCCAAGACCACCGUGUACCGUGUGCCCCCAUUCACCUUCUACGUUAAGAAGAUCCGAGAUGGGGAGGAGGAGGAGGUGAUGCAGAACACGGAGAUGGAGGAGGUGGCUGAGUCUGAGGGCCACCUGGGAGAAGAGGAGAACGGGCUCGGCGUGCACGUGGAGGUGGAGGAAGGGGAGCUGGUACGUGUGGACAGCCCAGAGAUGGAUGCUCUGUUGGAGGUGACUGAGGAUCUGGUCCUGGUGGAGACAGACCACCUCAAGAAGGCACAACACGAGUAGAGAGACCCACCUGUGCAGGAAAAGACGUAAUUACGAGGAAAGGAAAGAAGCCCUCAUAAAGGAAUGAAUGAAGAAAGGAAAGAAGUCUCAAUGAAUGAAAGAAUGACGAAAGGAAAGAAGUCUUGAUAAAUUAGUUGAAUUACAUGGACACAAUAUUAGUUGUAGAGACUUUCUAGACGUGAUCACAAUCUAUUUUAGGUCGUUUUUGUUUCUGUUCUCUUUUUAUUGUACCCAAAAUGGAUGACUUUCAUAUUUGCUCCUCUUUAGCAUAUAAAUAAGAAAAUCUAUUAAAAAACUAAGUUUUCGAAACACGCCGCAGGCUGACUGGGUAUCUUAGACUUGUAUGUUUAGAAUAUUUGCUGUUUGUUGUUGGUUUGAUAAAUUGAGGAGCGAAAAAAAAGUUAUAAAUAGUCUUUGCUAUUGAGAUGUAAUGUAUAAUACAAUAUUAACCAUGUAUGAUAUGCACAUUAAUAGGAAGGCUAGCAGGAAGUUGUUGGAAAGAUUUACACAGAUCUGUGUAUUUUUGACUUGGUCAAGCCAGAAAGGCAUGGGAAAUACCUUGAACUACAAAUUCAGUUUUAAAUCCGGAUGUUUCAAAGUGUACACCAAACACACAUAACAAUAAAACCAGGCACAGUUUAAAUGUUUUGGCUGAGCGGUCAACGUUUUUGUGAUUGAUGGCUUGAAUUAUGUAAUGUGCACGUGUGAAACUAUAAAACUGAACACAAAGCCAAAGAUUAGGACUGAGAAAUAAAGAACUGAGAAGACGGGCUGAGAGGGAAUGAAUUUAUAAGAACAUUACCCAAGAUAAUGCACAAUGCCUCAGGGCAAAAUAUACUUAUCCAGACAUCGUCUCAAAUGAUAGAAAGUAAUGUUUUGCUUUAACAUUCUAUGUAAUGUAAAUUAUAAAUGUAAAGUACUGAAAAUGGAAGUGUAAUAUCUCUUGUAUCAGAAAUACUACAUAUUAUGUAGGGAUAUAUCUCAUGCUACUCUAUCCAAGGUCGAUAAUUGGUCGCUCAUUUCAGCGGUGAUUUAACAAAAUACUAAAAGCGUAUAAUUAUGACAUUCAGAAUGUAACCGUUGCUGUGGUUUAUCUUUACAAUGCAUGCUUGAAAACACUGUUCGAUCAUCUUUCACUGUAGCGCACUCAUUCAGCAUGUCACAUUGCUGAGUUUCACAGAGCACAGCGCUGCACAGGGAGGCACAGGAGAGAGAAAACAAUUGCAUCGCCAUGGUUACAGCUCAUCACAGUACAUUGGCACAGCCCUGUUAAAAUUUCCCAAGGUAAUUGCAGGCAGAAACAAUAUAUAGCCUGAAGAGCAAGAUGACAGCUUAAUGGCUGAUUAUGUAGCUGGAGAUGGAAAUGUCAUUCUAAAUGUAGUUGGGGGCAAGCAGCACGCUGCCAGGUAUUUAUGAAUGGCUCGGUACCUGAACAAAUGUCAUACCAGCGCAAUGGCACGAUCCAGUCCACAAACGUUUUCACAGAGACCAUGUGCAAUCUUGUGCGUCUCAUCGGAAUUAUUAAAGGAAUGUCCACUGUGACAGAUACCCCAUGAUUAACAAAAUUAGGUUAUUGAGGAGAAGGCGGCAGUGGAGGAUUAGAAGAAGCUAUGUGUUAAUUGGGUUGUGAUUAUUCUGAACCUGAUAAUGGCAGUGCUCUGUCUUUGCCACUUUUGAGCGUGUACGUUAAGCAUGCAGGGCUACAGAUGGAGACAAGGUGGUGGUUACAGCCUCCAUUUUCCCUUCUUAGAGACUGUGUGACCUUGAUGUGCUGUAGGCCCACUGUGCAGCAGGGAACUCCAUUAAAACAAUCAAUAGGCUGGGGGAUGCAAUUAAGGAGAGUGCUCCUUCUGAGCACUGAGCAGGGUAUGAACUGGGCGGAGGACAUUUUGUACGUGUGUUAUUGUUUGAUUGUGAAAGGUUGUGUGCAUACUAUAUACCCACACUGUUUGUGAAAGUCUCAAGUUCGUCUGCAUUGAAUUGUCGCCGGCCCGUGACAUCACAUAGGCUUAUAAUUGUAGCACAUUUGUAUUGAUUUCUUUUUGACAAGGAUGUGCACACUGUCUAGCACAUCAAACAUUGAAACACUUGUAGGAUAUCGGCGUGCCUCUGGAGGAAAUGUGUGUUUUUGCCACCUUGUACAUUUUUAUAAACUGCCAGUGAGCUACGAGUGGGAUGUAGGCGACGUACAGAAACACUUGAAAAAAAGAUUAUACUCAUUUAAAUGAAUGUCCCCCAUAUUACUAGGUAGCAGUGAUUAAUUAAACCAGACGCUGGAGCUUGCCUUUUGCUGUUUUGUUUAAGGCCCCUUUCAAUAAAAAAUAAAAGCUUACUGAAUAAUAAA